AUGCCCGUCGAUUACGGCUUGGGACCUGACUUUGAGCCCAAACACAUCGACCGCAAAUCCCUCUAUGUCAAUCUAGAAGAAAGAAUCAAAUACUUGCACGAUUUCUUGGACUUUAACUCCACCGACGUCGAAGCCCUUCAAUCAGGCGCCAAGUACAUCAAGCAGCUCAUUCCCGCCAUCGUCAAUCUCGUUUAUAAAAAGCUCCUCCAAUAUGAUAUCACUUCGCGGGCGUUCCACACGCGCAACACCGCCGAUGAGACGAUGCCGGACAAGGAAUGGUUGGGCGAAGAAACACCCCAGAUUCAGCGACGAAAGAUGUUUCUGCGCUGGUAUCUGACAAAACUCUGUCAAGAUCCGACGAGUAUUGACUUUUGGAGAUACUUGAGCAAAGUAGGGAUGAUGCAUUGCGGACAGGAACGCCUUCACCCCCUGAAUAUCGAAUUCAUCCACAUAAACGCUUGUAUGGGUUACAUCCAAGAUAUCUUCAUCGAAGCACUCCUGUCCCAUCCCCGGAUUUCUCUCGAACGAAAGAUCGGCCUUGUACGAGCCGUCAACAAGAUCCUCUGGAUCCAGAAUGAUCUGUUCGCCAAAUGGCGACUCCGCGAUGGGGAAGAAUAUGCGGAGGAGAUGUCCGUCUACAGCUUCGGGUCGGGCAAAGAGGGAUACGUCGGUGAUAAACAGAUCUUGGGCGAUGAGGCGAGUCAACUCGGAGAUGACGACAAGGCCAGCAUCUUGAGCAGUGUGCUGGCUCCUUCCAUACACUCGACCUCUACGGAACACACUAUCUCUUCCACUCCUUCACAGGCGGCAUCCAAGGCCUCUGCGUGUCCGUUCGCCGAAUUGGCUCAAGCUCGUGGAGCAGCCAGUGAGACAAAAAUCUGGGCGAACUGA